CCACAGUUGAAGGUUUCUAAAGAGGACCAGGGCUGGCAGUGAAGACUUGGAGGUAAGAGUCCCCUGCCUAGCCCUGCUCCUCCAGGCUCCCAGCAGUCCCAGUCAGAGGGCUCAGGCAGCCUCUGAAGCUCUCGUGCGCUGGGACCAUGGACUGGCAGUGGCUGUGGCUGUGCCUCUUACUUCCCAUGGCAAUCUCAGGCCGGGCUCUGGGGCCUACAGAGAAGGAGGCAGUCUUGAAUUACCUGUUUCAGUAUGCGUAUCUACAGAAACCUCUAGAAGGAGCUGAUGACUUCAGGCUGGAAGAUAUCACAGAGGCUCUAAGAGCUUUCCAGGAAGCAAAUGAACUGCCAAUUUCAGGUCAGAUGGAUGAGGCCACAAGGGCCCGUAUGAAGCAGCCUCGUUGCGGUUUGGAGGAUCCCUUCAACAAGAAGACACUGAAAUUUUUGCUUCUGGGCCACUGGAGAAAGAAGCACCUGACAUUUCGCAUCUUGAACCUGCCCUCCACCCUCUCACCCUCCAGAGCCCGGGCAGCCCUGCAUCAGGCCUUUAAGUAUUGGAGCAGUGUGGCGCCCCUGACCUUCCGGGAGGUGAAAGCUGGUUGGGCUGACAUCCGACUCUCUUUCCAUGGACGCCAAAGCCCAUACUGCUCCAACACCUUUGAUGGUCCUGGAAAGGUCCUGGCCCAUGCUGACAUCCCAGAGCUUGGGAGUGUACACUUUGAUAAAGAUGAAUUCUGGACUGAGGGGACCUACCAAGGAGUGAACCUGCGCAUCAUUGCAGCCCACGAAGUGGGCCAUGCCCUGGGGCUUGGGCACUCCCGGUACACCCAGGCACUCAUGGCCCCUGUCUAUGCUGGCUACCGGCCCUUCUUCAAGCUGCACCCAGAUGAUGUGGCAGGGAUCCAGGCUCUCUAUGGGAAGAGGAGCCCAGAGACAAGAGAUGAGGAGGAAGAGAUCGAGAUGCCCACUGUGUCACCAGUGACCGCAAAACCCAGUCCCAUGCCAAACCCCUGUAGCGGUGAAGUGGAUGCCGUGAUGCUGGGCCCUCGUGGGAAGACCUACGCUUUCAAGGGGGACUAUGUGUGGACUGUAACAGAUUCAGGGCCAGGCCCCCUGUUCCAAGUGUCUGCCCUUUGGGAGGGGCUCCCUGGAAACCUAGACGCUGCUGUCUACUCUCCCCGCACACGACGGAUUCAUUUCUUCAAGGGAAACAAGGUGUGGCGCUAUGUGGAUUUCAAGAUGUCUCCUGGCUUUCCCAUGAAACUCAACAAGAUAGAACCCAACCUGGAUGCAGCUCUCUAUUGGCCUGUUAAUCAAAAGGUGUUCCUUUUUAAGGGCUCGGGAUACUGGCAAUGGGAUGAGCUGGCCAGAACUGACUUCAGCCGAUACCCCAAACCAAUCAAGAAACUGUUUACUGGAGUGCCAGAUCACCCCUCAGCAGCUAUGAGCUGGCAAGAUGGCCAAGUCUACUUCUUCAAAGGCAAACAGUAUUGGCGUCUGAACCAGCAGCUUCGAGUGGCAAAGGGCUAUCCCAAAAAUGUCACACACUGGAUGCACUGCAGUCCUCAGACUUCAGACACUAAUUCACUAACUGGGGACAUUACUCCCUCAACCACCGACACAAUCUUGUAUACCACUCCGUCAAAUAUGGACUCAGUCUUGGAGAUUAUCCCCUCAGCUACAGACUCUGCCACCCUUUCAUUCUCUGCUAAUGUCACCCUGCUAGAGGCCUAAGAGCUAAUUAAUGUCUGCUUAGGAUUGUGCUGGUAUUACCGAAUGAGCACUAGCUGUAGACCUCACACCCCUAAAUAUUCCAAUAUUCCAAUUCUGGACACCACUUUCUUGUGCUCCUUGAAGGUGUCCCUUCUGAGUCAGUCUUCAGUUCUCGUUUUUCUGUCAUAUAGCUCUUCCAACUGUGCCAUCUACUCUCUGGUGGAGGGAUAUUUUCAAUCAAUAGGGUCUUUUUAAAAAUUUUUUUUGACAGGGUUUCUACAUAGCUCUGGCUCUGAGCUAUCAGAUUCACCUGCUUCUGCCUCCUGAGUACUGGGAUUAAAGACAUGUGCCAUCAUGCCUGGCUGGUGUUUUGUCUAGUUUUGUUUUUCUGAUUUAAUGCAUGUGCUGCCAUGCCCUGCUGUCACUUGGGUCUUUAGCUAACAGGAGGCAACAGGUGGGCUAUUGUAUACCUAUUGUAUAGCUGUUCUUCCAACAUAAAGUGCAAGAAAACAGCACACAGUAAACUGAGCUAGGGGUUUGGAGUCCUUGAGCCUCUUGACUGUGGCUUUUGGCAGGCUAAUUAACCUCGUCAAACCUUGGAUUCUAUCAACAAAAUAAGGUUAAUAUCGAUGUUACAUGGUUGUUGCCUUAGAUGAAAUACUAUGUGAAGAGUCUGACAGACUCUGGUACAUUUGUGUUUAAUAAAGGCUAACUUCAAGUUCCUGA